GUUUGGUACUGGAACAGAGGCCCAGAAGUUGUCGGGUUUCGGUCAUUCACCUCCCUCGCAAUUUUGACCCCAUCUUCUCCCCUAUCAAAAAUAUCCUUCCUUAUUUCAUUUCAACCAUAUCUACUAGUAUAACAAAACAAAAUAGAGAAGAAAAAUACUGAUUUUCGCCGGCGUUAGCUCCGGCACCGGCAACGGUUCCCGGCAGAGAAAAUAUCUUUUUUGUUGAAAAAGAAUCUCCACUUGUCUGGAAAUUUAAUCAACAAAUUUUUCAAUUUUCGAAAUUUUGGAAAAAAAAAUUCCUCUGCCUGAAACCAAGAUGAUUCAAAGCCUACGUUAUUACCUCUCUGAACAUCCUUCAAUCAUCAGUUUCCGAUGGUCUGAUAGCCAAUCAUGGGGAAACACGUGGGUUUUCUUGUUCAUCUCCAUAGCCGCUUACAUAAUCUUCUCAAUUUUCCUCCAUCUUUUCCUCCUCCUCCUCUUCCGUAACCGUCGUCCUCUCCCUCUCGGUCCAAUCCCCGCUGUUCAUUCCCUUUCAAUGGCCUUGAUCUCGUUUACCAUAUUCGCCGGAAUUCUCCUCUCCGCCGCCGCAGAGAUCCGUGAUACCCGUUGGUUCUGGCGCCGGUAUAAAACGACUCCGUUUCAAUGGCUUCUCUGUUUCCCUCUCGGUACUCGUCCUUCGGGUCGGGUUUUCUUCUGGUCGUACAUAUUUUACCUCUCCCGUUUCCUCCACACGUUCCGAACCUUUUUCACUAUCAUAUGUCGUCGUAAACUAUCAUUCUACCGACUAUUCAACCACUCGAUCUUGAUUUUCAUGUCAUUUUUAUGGCUUGAAUUCUCGCAAUCCUUUCAAGUACUGGCAAUCAUAUUGACCACGUCGAUUUACUCGGUGGUUUAUGGUUAUAGAUUUUGGACUGCUCUUGGAUUACCAAGCAAGUGUUUUCACUUUGUGAAUCACUGCCAAAUUGUGUUGUUGGGUUGUAAUGUUAUUUGUCAUGUUGGGGUGCUGUUGCUGCAUUUCUUAAGAGGUGGAUGUAAUGGAAUUGGUGCUUGGGUUCUUAAUUCAGUACUCAAUGGUGCUAUUCUUUUUUUGUUCCUAAAUUUCUAUGUCAAGUUGCAUUUAGAGAAGAAGAGAAAAAUUGGCGCUGGUAAAGAAUCUGGAGAAACUUUGUACUCUGUUAAAGACAAGGACAUUUGAGGUCUGGUCUGGUCUGAUUUUUUAUUUAAAUAAGAACUUUUAUAUAUAUAUAUAUAUAUAUAUAUAUAUAUAGUAUUAGUACUAUUCUUCCAGACUUCUGAUAUAUUCCUUGAGAUUUUGUAAAUCGAAUUGUAUAAAUUGUGUUAAGGGGUAUGAAUAAGGAUAUCAUUUGUUGAGUGUAUAUAAUAUAUAUAUAUACAGACUAAUUAAUUGAUGUUAGAAGUGAA